AUGACCCAUUGGUUCAAUCCACUGCCACUUGAGGAUAUACAUCAACAAUUACUCGACAGCCUAGUUCAUGGCUCCUGCAAAUGGCUCUUUGACCGGGACAGGUUUACUUUCUGGAAAUCAGCCGAUAAAAUCCACGAUAGAUAUCGGAUGCUCUGGAUCAUUGGCAAGGCGGGAGUUGGUAAAACUCAUCUAGCAGCUCGAGUUAUUGAAGUGUUGAAGGAGCAAUCAGCUAACAAGCUCGCGUACUUCUACUGCGAUGCCAAAGAUGACAGGCGUGGGUCUGUUAUCGCUAUAUUGCGCAACUGGACCUGGCAAUUACUUCAACAAGACCCGGUUUUGCUGGAUGAUGUGAUCCCGAUAAUAGAGAAGAAGCAGUUACCGAGUCAAACUGCUCUUGAGGAUGUCCUAUCUACUACGCUUCAAAGAUUACGGGAUGUAAUCCUCGUUGUUGAUGGGUUUGACGAAUGCGAUACUCAAGAGCAAGUGAAACUUUAUCGAGUUCUAGCUCGCUUUUCUCAGGAUGCGCGGGUUUUGGUUUUUCGAAGGAGCGUGAAUUUUUUGAGCAAGGUUUUGUUUCCGGAGGAAUGUUUUAUUCUCUAUCAUAUCACUGAGGAUGAUAACUCGGCUGAUAUCCACCGAUACAUUGAUGAAGCUGUGACUGACCUGGUAAUCGACGACGAUAAUAUCAGAAAGACGAUUGAUGCGGCAUUGCGAUCAGGUGCUAAUGGGAUGUUUUUAUGGGUGGCAUUGAUGAUUGAAGAGUUACGGAAGCCACUUUUCAGCGACGAUGAUUACCUCGAGACACUGAAAUAUCUACCAGAAGAUCUCAAUAUGCUGUAUACUCGAAUCCUGCGGGGACUCUCUUCUCAUCCUCGCGAUAUUUCAACCUCGAGUAGUCUUAUGCAGCUUAUAACAUGUGCGCGCAGACCACUGACUCUGUAUGAGGUUGGUGCUUCUAUGAAGGCUACUGUUGGUGGAACUGAACUCAACGCAUCUGCCCUGUCUGAGGAACGACUUCGACAGACUGUUCUUCAUUACUGUGGACCUUUGGUCACAAUUCAUAAACGGCCCGGCAAUUACUCUACGGUAACCCUUGUUCAUUCCACCUUGAAAGAGUUCUUACUUGAGCCCCAAGACGCUGAUGCUCAGACACCGUUCAAAAUCAAUGAGGGCCAUGCCCACUUGGCUUAA